AUGCUGAGUUCAAUUUUUUUCACUUUUUUCUUAUUUGUUUGCCAUGUUUUAGCAGGUACUAAUCAUGUACCAAUUGUUAUUUCAUUACCAGCUCAUGGUAGUGAAUGUUUAUAUCAAGAUUUGAGUAAUCCAGAUGAUACUAUAAAUGUGAGUUAUCAAGUUUUGACUGGUGGUAAUUUUGAAAUCGAUUUUAAGAUUACUGCUCCUGAUCAAUCUAUUCUGGUAAGUGAGCAACAGAAGAAAUAUUCUGAUUUUGCAUUGAAAUCUUUUGGGUUGGGCCAAUACACUUUUUGCUUCCACAACAAUUACGGUUCUGAUUUGAAGAAAGUUGAAAUCACUUUGGAAUUGGACAAAGAAAUUAUUACUACUGAUGAUGAUGAUGACACCAAGGAUGCUGUUGCUAAUAACGCUAUUGAAGAAAUCGAUAGAAGUUUAAAUAAAAUGACUAAAGCACUAAACUACUUAAGGGCUAGAGAGUGGAGAAACAUGUCCACUGUCGAAUCUACUGAAUUUAGAUUGACUUGGUUAUCUCUAUUAGUUAUGGCUGUUAUGAUUGGUAUCAGUGUUGGUCAAGCUUUUAUCAUUCAAUUCUUCUUCAAGAGUAAUAGAAAGAAUUAUGUUUAG